UCCGAACCAGGCUUCUUGUUCACUCAAUUCCCUUCUAACUCAACUCCCCAGCGCAAAAGAAAGACUAGCAAACAUGGCUCCGGUACGCGAAUUGGCAAUCAAACUCUCGGGUCUACGUUACAAGCACCCAGACAUCUCGGAGAAGGACUUUCACGAUCACUCCAGCAAAAACCACGCUGCAAACGCAGCUGCGAUCCAGCAACGCCACGGCGCACUGAAAGUAUCCCAGGUAAGAAACCACGACAUUUUUCCCCAGCUGUAUCCUUACCGGACACCCACACAUCACAGCUACCACAAAACCAGCUGACACAGUUUAAAAGCUCCACACACCCUCUCCC